CCGCGGCGCGCCCCGCGCCCGCGCUCGCGGCGUCCUCCCGACGCGGCGGCGUCACGCGCGGCGUCGCUCCUCUUCGCGCGAAGGUCGCCCUUGGCGCGAACACGCGGUGCGUCCUCCCGCCCGCGCGCGGCGCGACGCGCGGUCACCGCCAACGCCGAGGAGAGCGGCGGCAUCGACCCGUCGACGAUGACCGGCGACGAGCUCGACCGCGCGAUCGAGGAGCAAAAGGCGAAACUCGCCGCGGCGCAGGCGGCGUACGCCGCCGCCGCGGGCGAGACCCCGAUCCCGCCGCACGUCGCGGCGGGCCCCACGGACGUCCUCUUCUUCACCGUGCCGGACCGACUGGUCGCGGGGAAACCGGCGAAGAUUUACAUCAACACCUGGAACAGCGGCAUCCUCAAGGAUAAGCACAACGUUCGCAUCACCGCCGGGUACAACGACUGGAAGCUCGAAAACUUCGACACGAGCAUGAAGCCCGUCGGCGACGUCGCCAAGGGGUGCUUCUACACCGAGCUCGAAGUCCCCGAGCUCGCGUACGGUUUAAACUUCGUCCUGGAGGCGGACGGGCAGUGGGAUAACAACAACAAGGACAACUGGUACGCGGACGUGCACUUCGGCAAGUCGCGAGAGGAGAUCGUCACGCUCAUGAAGGAGAAAAAGGAGUACGACGAAGACUUCGCGAUCGCGUCCAAGGAGAUCGAGACGGAGCGGUACGAAGAGGGCUCGCGAAGAGAAAACGUCGCGGACGGGGAGAUUCACAUGUACGGGAGGUGCAUCGUGAGGACGCACGAUAACCUCGAGGCGGGGAAGAUGGCGUACUUGCUCUUCAACAAAGCGCACAACCCGAUCGGCGGCCCGAGCGGGAAGCUCAUCGCGCACAUCGGCACGAACAAGUUCGCGAUGGGCACGGAGGCGGAGCUCAUUCUCGAGCCGGUGAAGACGGAGCGCGUGGACGAUGACAACUACUGGUACGGCGCGUCUUUCUUGGUGCCGCCGACGGCGUACACCCUGGAUUUCGUCAUCUCGGACGAGAAGAAGGAAAACUGGGACAACAACGACGGGAACGACUACCGCCUCCUCGUGGACACCUUCGGCGGCGCGACGGAGAAGGACUGGGACGCGAGGGUUCAGAAGCGCAUCAAGAAGCUCGCGGAGCAACGGAUCAUCGACGCGGAAAACAGGAAAAUUUGGGAGGCGGCGAGAAAGGUUGAACGCGCGGAGAAGCGACGGAAAGCGCGCAUGGUCACGGUGAAGCAGCAGCAGCACAUCAUGACGUGCGAGCCAACGAUCGUGAACGCCGGGGACGAGGUCACGAUCAAGUACAACCCCGGGAACACCAACUUGAGCGAGGCGGAGACGGUGUACAUCACCGGCGGGUUCAACCGCUGGACGCACGCGGAUAACAUCCCGGAGACGGCGAUGAUUCCGUCCGCCGCCGCCGGCGUCGGCACGGAGGCGCUCGUGGAGUUCAAGGUGAAAGUGCCCGAGGACGCGUGGAUGAUGGACUUCGUCUUCAGCGACGGCGUCGGAGAGGGCGCGACGUACGACAACCACUUUGGCAGGGAUUACCACGUCCCUAUCGAGGGGUCCACGACGGAGCGGCCGCCGCUGCACGUCAUGCACGUCUCCGUGGAGAUGGCGCCGAUCGCGAAGGUUGGCGGCCUCGGCGACGUCAUCACCGCGCUCGCGCGCGCGGUGGCGGACCAAGGGAACCUCGUCGAGAUCAUCCUACCGCACUACCAGUUCUUCGGCGCGAGCCCGAUGCUCCAGCACAUGGAGUACGAGACUAACUUUGACUGGGGCGGGUGCGGGAUCACCGUGUCGCGGUGCAUCGUCGAGAACAUCCAGGUGUUUUUCAUCCAGCCCUCGAACGGGAUGUUCGCGAAGGACGCGGUGUACGGCUGGAACGACGAUGGGCAGAGAUUUGACUUUUUCUGCAACGCCGCGCUCGAGUUCCUUCUCCAGACGGGUCGCCAGCCGGACAUUCUGCACUGCCACGACUGGUCCACCGCGGAGGUCGCGGGCGCGUUCUGGGGCAACUACCACCAGUACGGCCUGUGGAAACCGAACGUGGUCUUCACGAUCCACAACAUGAACUACGGCCAGGCUAAGAUUGGUAUGGCGAGCGCCGCGAGCCAGGUCACGACGACGGUUUCGCCGUCGUACGCGGGGGAGGUGAGCGGUCACCCCGCGGUGAGCGGCGCGACGGCGUACGGCAAGUUCCACGGCGUGAGGAACGGCAUCGACCCGGAGAUUUGGGACCCGGACACCGAUCAGUUCCUUCCGAUGAACUACAACGCGGACACGCACGAGGCGGGGAAGCGACGCGCGCGCGAGGAGAUCCAAGGCAGGCUCGGGCUCACCUGGGGCGCGGACCAGCCGCUCGUCGGCGUCGUCUCGCGUCUGACGGCGCAGAAGGGCCUCGACCUGAUCAAGCACUCGAUCGGGCACUCGCUGAAGAGAGGCGCGCAGUUCGUCCUCCUCGGCUCCGCGCCGGACCCGAGGGUCCAGGGCGACUUCAACGCGCUCGCCGGGAGCAUGGGCGGGCCCAACGCGGCGUUUUGCUUCGCGUUCGACGAGCCGCUGUCGCACUUGGUGUACGCCGCCGCGGAUUUCAUCCUCGUCCCGUCCAUGUUCGAGCCGUGCGGUCUGACGCAGAUGAUCUCCAUGCGCUACGGCGCCGUCCCGGUCGUGCGCGCGACCGGCGGGCUGCGAGACACCGUGUUCGACCUCGACAACGACAAGGAGCGCGCGGCGUGGGAGGUGGACGGGAGCACGGAUUACAAGGCGACGGGCGACCAGACCAACGGGUUUUCGUUCGACAUGACGGACACGCAGGGGCUCGAGUACGCGCUCGAUCGCGCGCUGGACUCGUACUACAACGACAAGAAGUGGUUCCGCUCAUUGCAGGAGCGGAUCAUGAGGCAGGACUGGUCGUGGAACCGACCAGCGCUGGAUUACAUCGAGCUGUACUACGCCGCGAUCGGGAAGUGAUUUAUCGAGGCGACUUUCGCGGCGAAGGAUGGAUGGAGAGAUAAUAUUUUUACGCGACGGGCGACGGUCGGUCGCGUCGCGCGGCGUGGAGAAUAGGGCGACGAGACGAGGGGUGAGCGCGCGCGGUUGGCGUCGAGACGCGACGCGACGCGCGCUCGAGUUGAAACGCGUGGGGGUGAAGGUAGACGCGAGGUGUACGAGUAGGCAGUGGGCCGCUGCUUUUGAUUCAAAACUUAAGUGAGAGUUUCGUUC